UCGCGGCAAAAAAGAUUUGGCGCGUAAACUUCUGAGUAGGUUCCGAUCAGCUGGAACUAAAAAAAACAACAACACAACAACAACAGAAGCGAUUCCGGGAGCGGACCGCGCCUUUCUCCUGCUUCGAUGGAUUUAUGCGUUAAAUGAGCGAGAAUCUGGAUGUUAUUCGGAGUGAAUGACUAUACUUCCUGGAUGGAGUCAUCAAAAAGGACAAAAGCGGAGGAUAUUUUGGAUUAAAGUGUCAGAUUCGAACAGAAACUGUACUUGGUCUUUGUUCCGCAUCCAGCUCGGUCGGUUUCCAUGCAUUGAAAGCCAUUAGGAUUGCAAAUAAACCCAGAGACUGAGUGACCCCUGCUGUUUUAGCCCGAUAUGUCUGAGAGUUUUAUAUCGGGCCAGACCUCGGAGGACCUGCUGGUGGAUUUUGAGUCUCUCCUGAACAGUGGCAGCAUCGAUCUCAGUGAAGAUCAUCAAAUUGUCAUCAUCUCCACACCUGGCACCGCCUCGGCCAGCAAUGCAAACGGCGAUAUCUUGCUGUUUGCCACCCCUCAUCACACCACCACUUCCACUACGACCCUGCCGGACCACCGGAGACCCACUUUGGGACGGCCUCCGGUGAAGAGGAAGUUGGAUUUGGACAGCGAUCAUCAGUACAUUUGCACAUCCCGACCUGCUUCACAUGGACCAGAACCUCCAGCCACACCCGCGCCUCCCAGAGUGCUGAAGGUGGCUACGGAGAAGUCCCGCUACGACACGUCUCUGAAUCUGACCACCAAACGCUUCCUGGAUCUCCUGGCUCAGUCUCCAGACGGCGUGGUCGACCUGAACUGGGCGUCUCAGGUGCUGGACGUCCAGAAACGGCGCAUCUACGACAUCACCAACGUCCUGGAGGGCAUCCACCUGAUCUCCAAGAAGUCCAAGAACAACAUUCAGUGGCUGGGGAACCGUAUCGACGGGGCGUCCGUGGCCAGGUUUCAGACGCUACAGAGGGAGGUUUCCGAACUGACGGAGGCCGAGGAGAAACUCGACGAGCUCAUUAACAAAUGCAGCUUACAGCUACGACUCCUCACAGAAGACACGCACAACAAGAAGCUGGGGUACGUCAGAUGUCAGGACCUGCGUAACACGGUGAACCCGGCGGAUCAGAUCAUCAUGGUGAUUCGUGCUCCGCCGGAGACGCAGAUGCAGGUGUCUGAACCCACUGAGGGUUACCAGAUCUCACUAAAGAGCUCCAGAGGCCCGAUCGACGUGUUUCUGUGUCCAGAGGACAGUUCUGGGGUCUGUAGUCCCGUCACUGAUUGUAGUCCGGAGAAAUCGUCCGAUCUCGUCUCGCAGGAAGUGACAUCAUCAACACCGUCUACUCUCCCUAGCUCCUCCCCUUUGCCUCUGGGUGCUGACUCAGAGUCAUUUUUGGACUCGGACCCAUUUUCUGGCAUUUGUGCGAUGCCAGAUUUCGAUUUGUCUCCUUUGGACUCGUCGGACUUCCUCCUGGAGCGCAGCGGGGCGGGGGACGCCAUCGGUCUCCCGCUGGACGGUUUCAUCUGUCUGUCUCCGCCACACAACCAGGAUUAUCACUUCGGUCUGGAGGAUCACGAGGGCGUCAGCGAGCUGUUCGACUGUGACUUCAGCGACCUCGGCCCUCUGGAGUUCUGACAGACGGAUCCCAGCAUCGGUUUCUCAGUCUGAACAGGAAACUGAUUCCACUUCGCUUUUGAAUUCAGAUUCGCUCGGAGGUCUCUGAGCACCGCCAUUUAAUUUAUUAAUAGAAACAAGUCACCUUUAAAGGAAUCGUUUACUAGAAAUGAGUGUUUGCUGAAAAUGUCCUCACCCUCAGGUGAUUCGUGUUUGUUUCUUCAUCAGAUUUGGAGAAAUGCAGCAUUGCAUCAGUGUCUCAUAAACGGAUGCUCUG